AAGAAAGAAAGAGAAAGAGAGAGAGAGAGGGGGAACCACUGUAGAAAGACAAGCACUGCACAAAGACCAGACAAAAAACAGCCUGGAGAGAAGAAAAUAACAAGUGCUGUUAUUCCUGAGGGAUCCGCGGUCUGUUAGCUGUACUUUUACUCUUUGUUUUUGACAUUUUGACUGUUUUAAGAACUGAUACCUGCCUUGAGUUUAUGUUCGGGCAUUCGCAGCUACUAUAGAGGUUCAGACCUGCUUCUUUGAGCUGUGGUUUGGAGAUGCCGGUCAGGACUGGCUGUCUGAACGCUGAACUGAUGCUUCCCAGCUGUGGUGUGUGGAUUUGGGGUUUGUUGAGCGCCCUUCUGCUGGCGGGUCGGUCUGGAGCGUGUCCUCCUCACUGCUCCUGCACGGGCACCACUGUGGACUGCCAUGGACUUGCCUUCAAAAACGUGCCACGAAAUAUACCAAAGAACACAGAACGACUGGACUUGAACUCUAACAACCUUACACGUAUUGACAAGGAUGACUUCGCUGGCCUGAAGCACCUACGAAUUUUGCACCUCAUGGAUAACCAGAUCAUCUCUAUUGAUAAAGGAGCCUUCAGUGAUCUGAAGGAGCUGGACAGACUGCGCCUCAACCGAAACCGUCUCCAGCAACUCCCAGAGCUCCUAUUCCUGAAAAAUCCAUCUCUCUCCAGACUGGACUUAAGUGAAAAUGCCAUCCAGAUGAUUCCUAGAAGAGCAUUUAGAGGAGCCACGGACAUCAAGAACUUACAGCUGGAUAAGAACCACAUUAGCUGCAUUGAGGACGGAGCGUUUCGUGCCAUGAGAGUCCUGGAGGUCCUCACACUGAACAACAACAAUAUUAGCACCAUCCCCAUUUCCAGCUUCAACCACAUGCCCAAGUUACGUACCUUCCGGCUGCACUCUAACAGUCUGCGGUGUGACUGUCAUUUGUCAUGGUUGUCUCAGUGGCUCAGACAGAGGCCGACGCUGGGACUGUACACACAGUGCAGUGCACCACCCAAUCUACACGGCCUCAACCUGGCCGAACUGCAGAAGAAAGAUUUCACAUGCACCGGUGUUUUUGAUUCCAGUCCUCAGCCCUGUGGUCUUGCGUCUGGUUCCUGUCCUCCAAUGUGCACCUGCACGAACAAUAUCGUGGACUGCAGAGGAAAAGGUCUGACAGCGAUUCCAGCCAACAUGCCUGAAAGCAUGACUGAGAUACGAUUGGAGCAGAACGGGAUAAAGUCUGUUCCUCCCGGAGCGUUCGCCUCCUACAAGAGACUGCGCAGAAUUGAUUUGAGUAAUAACCAAAUAUCUGAAAUCGCCCCCGAUGCGUUUCAAGGCCUGCGUUCACUCAACUCACUGGUUCUUUAUGGAAAUAAGAUUACAGAUCUGCCUCGGGGUGUUUUUGAUGGAUUGAGUGCAUUAGAGUUACUACUAUUAAAUGCCAAUAAAAUCCACUGUGUUCGUGUCAACGUCUUCCAGGACCUUGAGAACCUAUCUCUAUUGUCCCUGUAUGACAAUAAGAUCCAGACUCUAGCCAAAGGCACAUUUACUCCACUGAAAUCCAUCCAGACUCUUCACUUAGCUCAGAACCCAUUCGUCUGCGAUUGUGGUUUGAAGUGGCUGGCAGACUUUUUGCGCUCUAACCCGAUUGAGACCAGUGGUGCAAGAUGUUCUAGUCCUCGACGGCUCGCCAACAAACGCAUCAGUCAGAUCAAGAGCAAGAAGUUUCGCUGUUCAGCAGCAAAGGAACAGUACUACAUUCCAGGCUCAGAGGACACACGUUUGAAUAAGGACUGUAACAGCAAGCCAGUAUGUCCACCCAAAUGCCGCUGUGAAGCUACCGUGGUGGACUGCUCAAAUUUACGCCUAACCAAGUUCCCAGAGCACCUUCCGCUUUCUACAACUGAACUACGUCUCAAUAACAAUGAUUUGUCCAUCCUGGAGGCAACAGGACUCUUUCGGUCCCUCACACAUCUCAAGAAAAUAAACCUUAGCAACAAUAAAAUCACUGAGAUUGAGGACGGAGCUUUUGAUGGGGCGUCAUCAGUGGCUGAACUUCACCUGACCGCUAACCACCUGGUGUCUAUACGUGGAGGAAUGUUCCGGGGAAUGGACGGAUUACGCAUGCUGAUGCUCAGGAAUAAUCGCAUCCGUUGCGUCCACAACAGCAGCUUCUCAGGCCUGCAGAACGUACGUCUGCUCUCCCUCUAUGACAACCAGCUCACCACCAUCAUGCCUGGAGCCUUCGACACACUCCCAAACCUCUCCACCCUAAACCUGCUGGCAAACCCUUUUAACUGCGAUUGUCGUCUGUCCUGGCUGGGCGAGUGGCUGCGGUCUCGGCAGAUUGUGACGGGAAACCCUCGCUGUCAGAACCCAGCCUUCCUCAGAGAAAUCCCACUGCAGGAUGUGGCAAAGCCAGACUUUGUCUGUGACAAGGCACUGAUUGAAGAUGACGUGAGUUGUGUCCCUAAGCCUGCGUGUCCGGAGCAGUGCACGUGUCUGGAUACAGUGGUGCGCUGCAGCAACAAGCACCUGUUCGGUUUACCCCGCGGCGUCCCACACAAUGUCACUGAACUAUACCUGGAUGGGAAUCUGUUUGUUGCCGUGCCUAAAGAGCUCUCAGCAUUCAGACAGCUGCAGCUGGUUGACUUGAGCAACAAUAAAAUCAGUUCCUUGUCCAACUCGUCUUUUGCCAACAUGAGUCAACUCACCACACUGAUCUUAAGUUAUAACGCUCUGCGCUGUAUUCCUCCUCUGGUGUUUGGAGGACUGUCCUCUCUCCGCCUGCUAUCUCUCCAUGGCAACAAUAUUUCUGAAUUACACCAGGAAGUCUUCAGAGAUGCAGCGUCUCUCUCACACCUAGCGAUCGGUGCAAACCCGCUGUACUGUGACUGUCGGCUGCGCUGGCUUUCUGACUGGGUUAAAAGCGGCUACAAGGAGCCCGGUAUCGCCCGCUGCGCCGGACCGCAGGGAAUGGAGGGAAAACUGCUGCUCACAACGCCCGGAAACACCUUCCAGUGCACAGGUCCUGUGGAUCCGUCCGUGUCGGAGAAAUGCAGUCCGUGUUCGUCAAACCCCUGCCAGAAUCACGGCCGGUGCCACAGCGACCCUGUACAUCAGUACAAGUGCAGCUGCCCGCAGGGUUACAAGGGAAGAAACUGUGAGGUUUCUGUGAGCGCGUGUGAAGGCAAUCCAUGUGUGAACGGAGGAACCUGUUACAGCGACGAGGCUAGAAAAGGCUUCAGCUGCCGGUGUCCUAUGGGAUUUGCCGGUCAGUUCUGUGAGGUGGAUGUUGAUGAUUGUUUGGAGAACAAGUGUGAAAAUGGCACCAUCUGUGUGGAUGGAGUAGGAAACUACAGCUGCGUCUGUCCGCACCCAUUCUCAGGUCCGAAGUGUGAGGAGUACGAGGAGGAUCUGUGUUAUCCCGGUCAGAAUCCCUGUCAACGCGGAUCCACCUGUAUACCGACUGUCACGGGACCCAAGUGCAUCUGUCCGCCAGGUUUUGUGGGUGACGACUGCAGUGUGGAUUAUAAUGAGUGUGAGGGACAUUACUGUCAGAACGGAGCGCGCUGUGUGGAUCACGUGGCCGGAUACACAUGCGUCUGUCCUCAGGGAUACAGCGGUCGUCUGUGUGAAGUGUCUCUCUCGGCUCCGGCGGGCUGUGAGCUGUUGCUCUGUGAGAACGGCGCCCCCUGUGUGGAGAGUGGCGGUACUGCGGCGUGUCAGUGUCUGCCGGGGUUCGGCGGGCCGCACUGCGAAAAGCUGCUCAGCGUCAACUUCAUCGACAGGGACUCUUACCUGCUGCUCGACGACGUCAAGAACCGCCCGCAGACCAACAUCACGCUACAGGUCUCCACAGCAGAAGACAAUGGGAUUCUUCUCUACAACGGCGUCAACGACCACAUCGCUGUUGAGUUACACGACGGCCGUGUCAAAGUGACCUAUGACGCAGGAAAUCAGCCGGGCAGCACCAUUUACAGCUCUGAAAUAGUGAACGACGGACGAUUUCACACCGUUGAGUUGGUGACUUAUGACCGGAUGGUCAACCUUUCUGUGGACGGAGGUCUUCCUACGACUCUGGACAGCUUGGGACACGUCCAGCCCCUCACCAGAGACGCCCCGCUUUAUGUUGGAGGUAUGCCUGAAAAUGCCCAGUCGCUGUCUUUCAACCAGUGGCCGUCUCUCAACGGGUCCAGUUUCCAGGGUUGCAUACGAAACCUCUACAUUAAUAACGAGUUGCAGGAUUUCACGCACACGCAGAUGAAGCCGGGAGUAGUGCCAGGCUGUCGGGCCUGUCAGGAGCUGCGCUGCGUGAACGGACUGUGUCAGCCUGACUCUGCCGAUGGGCCCGUGUGCCACUGUCAGCCGGGAUGGGGUGGAAAACACUGCGAUCAGGCCCUGAUGGCAGCCGCUACCAACCCGUGCCAGAAACACAAGUGUGUUCACGGCGCCUGUGUCCCAGUGGACCUGCAGUCGUAUCGUUGCGAGUGCGCGGACGGUUUCCACGGGCCCCUGUGCAGCCAAGAGAACGAGUCCUCCGACCCCUGUGCGGCCCUAUCAUGCCAGCACGGCUUCUGCGAGGUUUUACCGUCGGGACAGGCGCAGUGCGUUUGCGACAGCGGCUACAGCGGCCAGUUAUGUGACACAGUGGCUCCCUGUCAGGGCGAGUCGGUACGGGACUUCCAUCGCGUGCGGCGCGGCGAGGUCCAAUGUCGCAGCACGCAGCCACUGUCCUGGAUGGAGUGUCGCGGAGGUUGCAGGCCGGAUUCGGGGUUCUGCUGUGGCAGCACGAGGGUACGACGCAGGCGCUACAGUUUUGAGUGUGACGACGGAAGUUCGUUCACGCAGGAUGUCGAAAAGACGGUCGAAUGCGGGUGUGGAAAAUGUGUGUAGUUGUCAGAGAUCACAGAAGACGUUAAAAGAAUAAAUAGUGUGCAUUGUAUCUGUGGACCGUAACAUCUGUGAGAUAGCUUGAAGAACUAUUUAAGAUAACCGUUGCAUGUGAAUGAUGAAUUAUGGGUAUUUUGUGCUGUCGGAUGAGGACUUACUAAUGUUGAAAGUAAAAAUCUAACGGAUUUAGAUUUAAGAGUACAGUUUAACAGACAGCAUGUUAUGCAGGAUUUAUAGUAUUUAAUAUAAUUGUAAAAUAUUUGUUUAACAUUCAUUUCGAUUGUAAUAUAUAUACGGUUUUUAAUUUCCAUAUAGUAUUUUUGUAUGUUGAACACCGACAUUGGCGAUGUAAAAUUUUUUACCUAUUAGUCUGUUUUCUACACACAUUUGUUUGACAAAGUAGUUUAAGCUGCAUUUUUUCAUUUAAUACUGUCUCAUAAGUGUUUUUGUGUUUGCAAGUGUUUCUAUUUAUUUCAUUAAAGGUUUUUGCCUCUUAAAAAGGCUGCUUUUACCCUACUGUGUGUUUUAGUUUCUUAGGUCUGUUUAUGUGAUGUAUAACAAAUCCUAUUCUGACAGUGGUUUUGCGUUGCGUUGUAAAUAAAAUUAUAGAUAUUGUUACCCUGAAAAACUUUGCUCAAUAUCAAAUAUAUAUUUGCUCAAUAUAAAAAAUAUAAUUUUUCUUCCCACCUCAUAUUUCAGUCACUCUAGGUUUACAAGCGAAGUUACUGCAUUCCCCCAAGAAAAUUAGCAUUUUAUCAUAAAAUAUUUCCUGUAGCGUUCAACCUGUAACGUUCAUUUAUCACAAAAUAUUUGCAUUAUUUAGCCAAACAUAUUGCAUUCUCAGAAAAAUUUUACCUUUUUUACAAACCAUUUGCAUUCUUUAGAAAAAGUAUUACAUUUUCCUAAGAGACUUUGCGUUUUCUUUCAAAACACUUAAUGCUUUCUUUGUGUUCACUCACGAACCUUUAACCCCUUAGAAUUCCUUACAAAACUUUUCUAACUAUGCAAAAGUACUACAUAUAACUCAAUGGGGUUUUUUUUCCGCAAAGCAUUUGCGUUGUUUAGCUAAAAUAUUGUGUAUCCUUAAGAAACUUUACAUUCUUUAGAAAAACAUAUUAUGUUUUCAAAGAAACGUGCAUUCUCUUGCAAAAGUAUUGCAUAUAACUUAACAUUUUCUUACAAAGCAUUUGUGUUGUUUAGCUUAAGUGUUGUGUUUCCUUAAGAAACUUUACAUUUUUUAGCAAGACAUAUUACAUUUCCAGAGAAACUCAAUGUUUUUUUUUCACAAAGCAUUUGCGUUGUUUAGAUAAAGUAUUGUUUCCUUAAGAAACUUUUUUUUAGCAAAUCAUAUUACAUUUCCAGAGAAAUGUGCAUUCUCUUGCAAAAGUAUUGCAUAUAACGUAACGUUUUCUUACAAAGCAUUUGCGUUGUUUAGCUAAAGUAUUGUUUCCUUAAGAAACUUUACAUUCUUUAGAAAAACAUAUUACGUUUCCAGAGAAACUGUGUUUUUGUCGCAAAGCAUUUGCAUUGUUUAGCUAAAGUAUUGUGUUUCCUUAAGAAACCUUACAUUUUCUCACAAAACAUUUACGUUGUUUAGCUAAAGUAUUGUUUCCUUAAGAAACUUAAGAAACAUUUUUUA